CGCGGCUCCUUCCAGGCCUGGCUUGGUCACCCGCCCUCAAGGCUGCAGCCCAUCAACCUUGGAUUCCUUGCUGGUGGGCAUCCUUUGGAGCCUCAGGGGUUCAUGUGUGAUGGCAAGAUGGCACAAGACCGAGAAGACUGGCGUGGCUAUAUACAAUUUCAAAGGCACAGGAAUACCUCAACUACCUCUUCAGAUUGGUGAUGUGGUCCAUAUCUUGGAGUCCUGUGAAGAUUGGUACAAGGGUUACCUGGUGAGAUACAAAGGAGCAGAGGGAAUAUUUCCUAAAUCCUUCAUCCACAUCAAGGAAGUGACUGUUGAAAAGAAAAGACACACAGAAAACAUAAUACCUGCUGAAAUUCCUCUAGUUCAAGAAGUUACCACUACUCUCUGGGAAUGGGGAAGCAUCUGGAAGCAGCUCUAUGUGACAAACAAGAAGGAGAGGUUCCAGCAGGUGCAGUCCAUGAUGUUUGACCUGAUGGAGUGGCGCUCACAGCUCCUGUCCGGGACUUUGCCGAAAGAUGAGCUCAAAGAACUCAAACAGAAAGUCACUUCCAAAAUUGAUUAUGGUAACAGAAUCCUUGAGCUCGACCUGAUAGUUAGAGAUGAAGAUGGAAAUAUCUUGGAUCCAGACAACACCAGUGUCAUCAGCCUAUUUCAUGCCCACGAAGAAGCCACUAAUAAAAUCACUGAGCGAAUCAAGGAGGAAAUGUCCAAGGAUCAGCCAGACUAUGCAUCGUAUUCCCGAAUGUCUUCAGCCCCGACCCACAGCCUCUAUGUGUUUGUGAGGAACUUUGUUUGCCGGAUUGGAGAGGAUGCAGAACUCUUCAUGUCACUCUACGACCCACAGAAAUCAACAAUUAUCAGUGAGAAUUACUUGGUGAGAUGGGGGAGCCGAGGCUUUCCAAAGGAGAUUGAUAUGCUCAACAACCUGAAAGUGGUGUUCACAGAUCUCGGAAAUAAAGACCUGAGCAGAGACAAAAUUUAUUUAGUUUGUCAAAUAGUCCGAGUUGGGAAGAUGGAUCUGAGGGACAGUAAUUCCAAGAAAUACACCCAAGGACUCCGGAGGCCUUUUGGGGUGGCAGUCAUGGAUCUCACAGAUAUCAUAAAAGGGAAAGCUGAAAGUGAUGAAGAAAAGCAGCACUUCAUUCCCUUUCACCCGGUAGUGGCAGAGAAUGACUUUUUACACAGCCUCCUAAGCAAAAUCACUGCUUCAAAGGGAGACAGCGGGGGACAAGGUGUCUGGGUGACUGUGAAAAUGCUGGUUGGGGAUGUGAUUCAGACUAGAAAGGACUACCCACACCUGGUAGACAGAACCACUGUUGUUGCUAGAAAGCUGGGAUUCCCUGAAAUCAUCAUGCCAGGAGAUAUAAGAAAUGACAUAUAUAUUACUCUGCUGUACGGAGAUUUUGAUAAAUACAAUAAAACAACUCAGAGGAAUGUGGAAGUGAUCAUGUGUGUCUGUGAUGAAGAAGGAAAAGUGUUGCCAAACGCCGUGUGUCUGGGCGCGGGGGACAAGCCCGUGAGCGAGUACAGAUCAGUGGUUUACUAUCAGGUCAAACAGCCGCGUUGGAUGGAGACCCUGAAGGUAGCAGUGCCCAUUGAGGACAUGCAGAGGAUUCACCUGCGCUUCAUGUUCAGGCACAGGUCGACUCAAGAGUCCAAAGAUAAAGGAGAGAAGAAUUUUGCAAUGGCUUACAUAAGACUGAUGAAGGAGGAUGGAACAACUCUGCAGGAUGGCAUCCAUGAUUUGUUAGUCCUAAAGGGGGACAGUAAGAAAAUGGAGGAUGCUGGUGCUUAUUUGACAUUACCUUCUACACGUCAGCACGUGGAGAACAAAGGAGCAACCUUAGUCAGGAGCUCGAGUAUCGUGGGGGGGCUCUCAGUGAGCUCCAGAGAUGCAUUUUAUAUUUCAACUCUGGUUUGUUCCACCAAGCUGACUCAGAAUGUGGGCUUGCUGGGGCUCUUGAAGUGGCGGAUGAAGCCAGAGCUGCUCCAGGAGAACCUGGAGAAGCUGAAGAUUGUGGAUGGAGAGGAAGUGGUGAAGUUUCUCCAAGACACACUGGAUGCCCUGUUUAACAUCAUGAUGGAACAUUCCCACAGCAAUGAGUAUGACAUCCUUGUCUUUGAUGCACUGAUCUACAUCAUUGGGCUCAUUGCAGACCGUAAGUUCCAACACUUUAACACUGUUUUGGAAGCCUAUAUCCAACAGCAUUUUAGUGCAACACUGGCAUACAAGAAAUUAAUGACUGUUCUGAAGACAUACCUGGAUACUUCCAGCAGAGGGGAGCAAUGUGAACCUAUCCUAAGAACCCUGAAAGCACUGGAAUAUGUUUUCAAGUUCAUUGUUAGAUCAAGGACAUUAUUUUCACAGUUAUAUGAAGGCAAAGAACAGACAGAAUUUGAAGAAUCUAUGAGGAGACUCUUUGAAUCCAUCAACAACCUGAUGAAAAGCCAACACAAAACUGCCAUUUUGUUGCAGGUCGCUGCCUUGAAGUACAUCCCAUCUGUUCUUCAUGAUGUUGAAAUGGUCUUUGAUGCCAAGUUGCUGAGCCAGCUCCUGUAUGAAUUUUACACUUGCAUUCCACCGGUGAAGCUCCAGAAGCAGAAGGUGCAGUCCAUGAAGGAAAUAGUCCGCAGCAACCUCUUUAAAAAACGAGAAUGCAGGGACAUUCUGCUCCCUGUGAUUACAAAAGAGCUGAAGGAAUUACUGGAACAGAAGGAUGAUCAGCAGCUCCAGGUCCAGGAGAAGAAGCACUGUGUUGAAUUACUCAACAGCAUCCUGGAGGUUCUGAGCUGUCAGGACCCUGCUUCAACUUAUCACCAUAUUCAAGAAAUAAUGGUGCAGUUGUUACGCACAGUGAACAGAACUGUUAUAACAAUGGGGCGAGAUCCCUUAAUUAGUCAUUUCGUGGCCUGCAUGACAGCCAUCCUAAACCAGAUGAGUGACCAGCAUUAUUCAGUGUACAUUGAAACUUUUCAGACAAGCUCAGAACUAGUGGACUUCUUGAUGGAAACAUUCAUAAUGUUCAAAGAUCUCAUUGGGAAGAACGUUUACCCUUCGGACUGGAUGGCCAUGAGCAUGGUACAGAACAGGGUGUUCUUGAGGGCCAUCAAUAAAUUUGCGGAGACGAUGAACCAGAAAUUUUUGGAGAAUAUGAAUUUUGAAGUCCAACUGUGGAACAACUACUUUCACUUGGCUGUGGCUUUUAUUACCCAAGAUUCACUGCAGCUGGAAAACUUCUCCCAUGCAAAAUACAACAAAAUCCAGAACAAAUAUGGAGAUAUGAGGCGUUUAAUUGGCUUUGCCAUCCGGGACAUGUGGUACAAACUUGGCCAGAACAAAAUCUGCUUUAUUCCUGGGAUGGUUGGGCCCAUCCUGGAAAUGACUCUUAUUCCAGAAGUCGAACUCCGAAAGGCCACGAUCCCAAUUUUCUUUGACAUGAUGCUGUGUGAAUAUCAGAGGACAGCAGAAUUCAAAAAGUUUGAAAAUGAAAUCAUUCUGAAGUUGGAUCAUGAGGUGGAAGGAGGACGAGGGGAUGAACACUACAUGCAGUUGUUUGAGACCAUCCUUAAAGACUGUGCCCAGGAGCACCCUGGCAUUUCUGACUUGGUGGAAAGGUUUGUCAGCCUCGUUAAAGGCCUCCUGGAGAAGCUGCUGGACUACAGGACCGUGAUGAACGACGAGAGCAAGGACAACCGCAUGAGCUGCACCGUGAACUUGCUGAAUUUCUACAAGGACAUCAACCGUGAAGAGAUGUACAUCAGGUAUUUGUAUAAAUUGCGAGAUCUUCAUUUAGAUUGUGAGAAUUACACAGAAGCAGCAUAUACCCUUCUGCUCCACACGUGGCUCUUGAAGUGGUCAGAUGAACAGUGUGCACCCCAAGUCAUGUCAACAGAGUUCCAGUGCUCGCAGACCUAUCGACACUUGAAAGAGAAUUUAUAUGAAAAGAUCAUAGAGUACUUUGACAAAGGAAAGAUGUGGGAAGAAGCCAUAUCUUUAUGCAAGGAGCUUGCAGAGCAGUAUGAAAAGGAAGUUUUUGACUAUGAACUUCUAAGUCAAAACCUGAUCCAGCAAGCAAAGUUCUAUGAAAACAUCAUGAAAAUUCUGAGACCCAAGCCAGACUAUUUUGCUGUUGGGUAUUAUGGCCAAGGAUUCCCCACGUUCCUACGGAACAAAGUGUUCAUCUAUCGUGGGAAGGAAUACGAGAGGAGGGAGGAUUUCCAGGCGCAGCUGAUGAGCCAGUUCCCCAGUGCAGAGGAGAUGAACACCACGGCAGCUCCCGGGGAGGAGGUGAAAAACUCUCCUGGGCAAUAUAUCCAGUGUUUUACAGUGCAGCCAGUCCUGGAGGAGCAGCCCAGAUUCAAAAAUAAGGCAGUACCUGAUCAAAUUAUAAAUUUUUACAAGUCCAACAACGUGCAGCGGUUCCACUAUUCCAGGCCAGUCAGAAAAGGAUCUGUUGACCCUGAAAAUGAAUUUGCUUCCAUGUGGAUCGAGAGAACUUCCUUUGUCACGGCUUACAAACUUCCCGGGAUUCUGAGGUGGUUCGAAGUCGUCUCCACGACCCUGGCUGUGAUUAGUCCUUUAGAGAAUGCUAUUGAGACUAUGUCCACGACAAAUGAAAAAAUUCUGAUGAUGAUUAACCAGUACCAGAGUGAUGAGAACCUUCCCAUCAAUCCACUCUCCAUGCUUCUGAAUGGAAUUGUAGAUCCAGCUGUUAUGGGUGGCUUUGCUAAAUAUGAGAAGGCUUUCUUUACAGAAGAAUAUGCCAGAGACCAUCCAGAGGAUCAAGAAAAGCUGAACAGACUCAAAGAUCUGAUUGCUUGGCAGAUACCUUUCCUUGGGGCUGGAAUUAAAAUCCAUGAAAGAAGAGUUUCUGACAAGCUUCGUCCUUUCCAUGACAGGAUGGAGGAAUGUUUCAAGCAUUUAAAAGCCAAAGUGGAAAAACAAUAUGGAACCAGAGAACUGCCAGAUUUUGAUGACAAGAGAGUGGGAAGGCCGAGGUCGAUGCUGAGAUCCUACCGCCAGUUAUCCAUCAUUUCCCUGUCUUCCAUGAAUUCCGAGUGCAGCACUCCCAAAAAACCUGCUUCAGAAAGCUUUGAUCUGGAGGCAUUGCUACCAAAGCAAGGGAAAGCAGAAUCAGAGGAGACCGCUCCACCAACUAAUCCUCAUCCUGAAGUCAAGAUGAGAAAGUCCAAAAAAAGAACAAAGAGAAGCAGUGUGGUGUUUGCUGAUGAGAAGACAGCACCUGAUCUCUCUGUCUCUGACAUGAAAUGUCUGUCAAGGAAAUACGAGUUCAUGAGUGACACCAACCUCUCAGAACACGUGGUGGCACCUCAGAAAACGUCUGUCCUCAAGCAGAUGAGCACUGUCAGUCGUUCUAUGCCAACAAUCCCAGGACUGACUCUGUCCAUCAGCACAGUGGCACCCGAUGAAACUGUUCCCUCACACAGGCUGAGCCAACCAGUGUUCCCUUCCACCUCGGAGGCUGACAAGAAAACCUUCAAAAAGAAGAAAGUGAACCAGUUAUUUAAAACAAUGCGCAUUUCCAGAGUUCUGGAAGAUGGAAAGCAGUCUGUGGAGCACCAUUUCAAACCUUCAUCUACAGAUCUGUGAUUCAUUGCCUUACAAGGCCACUGCUCAGCUGAAAAUAUAUAGAGAGACAUAUAUUCUAUUUUAGAGCACCAUCUACUCUAAAGAAAGGCACCGGUGGCUGAUGGAGAAUAGGAACAGCACUCACGGGCUCUGACACUUGUGCUACAGAUACAGGAAUAACACUGGAAGAAAAUACUGCAGGAUGUGUCCACUGGGAUGUGGGACAGGGGGUUGUUGAGCCUCUGGUUAUCCAGGUCAAAGGGACUGGUGUGUUCCCCGAGGACAAACCCCGUUCCCGGGCAGUGAGAUGUGCUGAAAGGCCAACUGCAAAGCUCCCCGUGGGAUGAGAGGCAGGUCCUGCCCUUCCCAAAGGGCAGGGGAGCCCUGAUUUUCUGUAGCUUUGUACAGACACACCCCAGCUCUCUUUACACUCUCUGGCAGUGUAGUCAAGGCAACAAAUGGCUCGGCACAAAAUAGCCACUGACAAUUUACUCCGUGGCUGGAUCUGGGUUCCCAGCCCCCGGAUCCCUCUGCUGCUCCCAGCCCACUGCUCUGUAUCCUCAAUCUUUCCCAAGGCUGUGGCACCAUAUGCCUGAGUUAUUUUCAGAACAGCAGCUCUAGUGUUUGAAAACGUGCAAGAGUUUAUUUACACAUGUACAAAUCGACGUUGCAUCCAGCAGCACGAUGAACAAAAGCUGCGUUUUCUGCUGUUCAAUAAAAUGUUGAAAGUCUG